GAGAGGCUCCUGACAGAGUCGGUAUCCAGGCAGCCCCACCUGUCGGGCUUUUUAAAUCCAGCCUGGCUGGGCUCUGUGGCUCAGAGGCAGAAGCAGCAGCUCCAGCAGCACCAUGAAGGCCCAGAGGCUGCUCCUUGCCCUGGCUCUGCUUGUCCUGGGCGCCCAGGGGGCCUCCUUGGCUGGCAAAGAGGACCAAGCUAAGGAGGGCUACUGCUACAACGUGGCCCCCUUGGGAGACGUCUUUGACACCCAGGACUGCAGUGCCUGCCAGAAGAACGCAUCCUGCUCCACCUGCGCCAGCGAUGACCACUGCACAGGCACCCAGAAAUGCUGCCCGGGAGACUGUGGCUACAUCUGCGAGGAAGCCAUUAUGGAUGUUUGCCAGCUGCCCCCCGUCUGUGGCAUCUGCAAGGCGAUGUUCCAACGCUUCUUCUACAAUGCUUCCGCUCACAAAUGUGAGCGGUUCAUCUAUGGCGGCUGUGGUGGCAACAAGAACAACUUUGAAUCUGAAGACGAGUGUCUUGGAACCUGCAGGUUCACCAAAGCCUGACCCACCAUCCUUCUGUUUCCAGGGAGCGCCAAACUGUUGGCUGGAACAGAGACAGCAAAAUCACCAGAUUGGAUUCCCGACUCAGCUGCUUUCCUGGAGCCCUGACUCUGCCACUGAGAUGGGAACAGAGCAAUGCCCCCAGUGGUUGAAUAUAUCUUGCCUGCAUCCCCCUCCCCCCCACAUGCCCCUCCAUACACUCUGAGUUGUUUGUCGGUGCAGUUGCCCCCAAAGGACACUCCCUCGCACUCCAUGGGCUGGUCUUGGUUGGCGUAUGCCUUGGCUGUGUCUCUCCCCAGGCUACGUCCCUUUCCUUGGGUGUUGAGAUAGGCUGGUCCUGUUUCCCCUCCCUGCACAUUAGAUGAAGGGACUGGCAGUCCUGGUCAGCCUGGCCAGAUGGGACGUCCUCUCACUCAGGCUCUGCUUGCCACCCAGGCAGGGUCCUGCUUACCAGGCAGUGGGAUCUCAAGAGAAAGAGGGAUAGAUGGUUCUCCAAAGACAGGGGGCCCUUGGCCCUUGGGGACCUGACUCCUGGCUUAGCUGCAAUGGGGCCACAGCUUCCACCUUCAGAGGAGAGAGCUGGGGCGGUAGCCUUGGGCCAGCCCAGGCACAAAAUGGCCCCAUCCUGAUUCAGGCAGCCCUCAAUCUGCUGGAAGGUGGAAAGAGGAAGAGGAAGUCAUGCAGGCAAUGGCUGAAGGGUGGGGCUGGGCUGGAAGCCGGAGAUCCCCUCCUGGACACUCACUGGUCACUCUUUACCAGUCCAGUGUGCCUUAUAGGGCAGAGGGCUGGGGAAAAGAUGGGGCAGGUGUGUGUGUUCUUUAUGCAUGCUGUCCUGCAGGAGAACUGGGAUAGAAGGCUGAUGAAUGAAUGAAUGAAUGAAUGAAUGAAUGACCGAACCAACCAACCAAACAACCAACCAAUUCAACCCCAAACUGUUCACUAUAGGGCUCUGCUUGUACAUAAUGAAAGAAAACAUUAAAGAUGCUGAAACUUUACCAAAUGAUGUGAA